AUGCCCAAAACAAGGCGCGAGCGACGAGAAUCCCCGCCCCGCCCAAAGAAAACCGCCCGAUUGACAUGCAAAAACUGUCGUGCCCGCAAAGUCCGAUGCGAUGGAGGCCAGCCUGUCUGCGGUAUCUGUACAGCGUACAAUGAGACUUGUCAAUAUGAUCGACCACCGCCCAUGACGCAGAUUCGCGCUAUGGCGGAUAAGAUCGCUCAGCUUGAACAGACGAUCAAAGACCUUCAGAACAACGGAAACAGUAUUGCUCCCUCACGAACUAUCGCUACAGUUCCAGCAGAAGACACGAGAGUAUCGGCGCUUACAGAACCACUUCCGACUAUUGAGGUUGCGGAUGGUACUCUGGAUACCGCUCGUGCUUACUACGAUACCACGUCAGCAGUUCAUGAUCCCCGAGAUACGCCAUCACAAGCGACAACAGGUCAAAUCACCGUCGCACACAGCCCUGAGACUCGACAGCCUCUACCCAUGGAAACCCCCGAGUUGAGGUUCUGGGAGGAUCAAGCCGUGGAGAGCGCAGCAGUUUAUCUCAGCAUUCCUCAGGAUAUGAUCCGACGUCUUUUUGCCACGCAUUGGACCUGGGUACACGCCAACUUUAUGUUUGUCCCAAGAGCUUUAUUUCUCCGUGACGCUGCAGUCAGUGGAAAGCUCUUCUCUCCGUUUCUAUUGAGUGUGUUAUGCCUGCAUUCAACGCGCUUCAGGGAGCGGCAUUUAACAGAGCAACUGCUUGCCAGGGCAAAGUUGGAGUUCAGCCAUGAGAUACACAAAGAAGGCUCUAUACCACUAGUCCAAGCACUGCUGCAGUUUAGCGCUCGCGAAAUUGGUCGAGGAUCCGUAUCACAAGCUUGGCUGUACGGUGGGAUGGCAUUUCGAGUUGCUAUCGAUAUCGGUCUCUUCUCGCUAUCACCUGGGAAGUGUGAGGAUAUUGUAUGGAUGCAACUCGGGCGUCAUCUCGCAUGGUCUUGCUUUUUCUGGGACAAAACAUUGAGUCUGUACCUUGGAAGAGCACCGUCAUUACCUGAGCCACCGAAAUGGGACCCUGCUUUACCAGAGGAGCCAGAAAAUGAGUUAUGGCCGCCUUAUCCCAUCCCCGACGAUGAAGCUCUCCAGAGUUAUCAGCCGAGACCAUCACAUUUGUUACUGUGUUUUGCAUAUACUUGCAAGAUCAGCCUUAUCAUCAAUGAUAUUCUUUUUACCCAGCAAAUGCUAUACCAUACCACCAUAAUCCUACUUCACCGACCAUUUCUCAAUAACCCAGCUUGCUGGAAAACAUGUCGAGAAGCCUGUCAAGCCGUAGAGCAACUUCUCCAGCUCCUCGAUAACACCUUUGGCUUCCAGCGUUUCACAUAUAUCAUGGCUUACUGCACCUACACCGCAGCCACAGUCGUCGUGCAGGACAUGAAAAACGGCAGGCCUGAUACUACCCAGCGAUUCAAGAUGUUUAUGAGGGCUCUGAACGCCAUCACGGUCAGCUGCCCUGGGAUACAGCGCAGCAUAGAUAUUUUGACAAGGGGACUUGGUGCGGUGUCAGUGGAGCAAGAAACCCCGGCUUUUCCGGGGCAAGCCCCACAGAUACCGGCUUUCCCAUAUACGGAUUUUGGUUACAUCUUUGCUGAAGGGGUGGAUGAAACGAGUCAUGACACGACUACAAGUUCGAAUCCGUUCUUCAAUCUUGAUUCUUUUCCACAGUUGUGGUUUGAUGAGUUCUCAGAUAACAUAUUUGACGACAAUCAAGUUCAGAUUUCAAUGUAG